AUGCCGACCACAGAUGGAGCCGAUUGCGCCGAUGCCAAGGGGCCCCAACAUGGCCCGUAUCGCAGCUUUGCUUUGACAGCUUGGCGCGUCUUCGGCGUGUUUGCUGCCUUGUACUGCUUCCUGUUUGGGCUGGACUUGAUGGGCGUGUCCUUCAAGGCUCUGGGAGGCAAAGGCGCCGGAAAGCUAUUCACGAUCACGGAGAAUCCGAUCUCAGGGCUCAUGGUUGGCAUUUUAGCCACCGUGCUGGUGCAGUCAUCCUCAACCAGCACUUCCAUCGUCGUUGGUCUGGUCGCUGCAGGUCAGCUCGAUGUGCACAAUGCCAUUCCGCUGGUGAUGGGAGCCAACAUCGGGACUUCCGUGACAAACACGAUAGUCUCCAUGGCACAUGUUGGUGAGCGCAGCGAGCUGGAACGCGCGUUCUCCGGUGCGACCGUGCACGACAUGUUCAACAUGCUCAGUGUGAUCGUCCUGCUACCUCUUGAGGUCAUCGUCGGCGCCAUCCAGGGCGAAGGUGGUCCGAUCUACUGGCUGUCCAUGGGCAUGGCGGAUGCCAUCGUUAGCAAGUCGGAAGUUACUUUCCCCUCUCCAAUCAAGGCCAUUGUCGACCCCAUCGUCGACCAUUUCAUGGAUCCGGACAAAGCUGUAAUCAAGGCAUUGUCCCUUGGGCCACCCACAGCAGUUCCUGGCAACUUGGACUCGCAUGUGGAAGGUUCGAGCUCCUUCUGUGUGAGCAGCGCGAUGCACCAUGCCUGGGCCAAAGUCGACGAGGCCGUGCUGUCAUCCUGGGCGUCCUGUCCGCAGGAGCUCUGCGGGGAGGGCGCCAGAUGCUUGCAGAAUGCUGACAGCUUCUACAAAGAGCACAUCGAGGGCGGCGAGAUCAUUGCUUCUGGCUUUCUCAAGCCUUUGGGCGACGUGGCAGGUGGUGCGGUGGCGCUGGCGAUUUCGUUGCUGGCGAUCUGCCUCGCCCUCUUCUGCCUGGUGAAGCUGCUGCAUGCGCUGGUCCUCGGCAGGGCUAAGACGAUGAUCCUCCGAGCCACCUCGAUGAACGACUACCUGGCCAUGGCCGUCGGGGCAAUCCUCACCUUCGUGGUUCAAAGCUCCUCCGUAGUUACUUCCGCGCUGACGCCACUGUGCGGGCUUGGCCUGAUCAUGGUGGAGAAGAUGCUGCCGGUUACACUGGGUGCGAACAUUGGUACCACGUGCACAGCCCUGCUGGCCGCAGUCGCGGAGCUCAAGCACGAUGGUCUGCAGAUUGCUUUCUGUCAUCUGCUCUUCAACAUCUUUGGAAUUCUAGUCUGGUUCCCCGUUCCAUCAAUGCGCGGUGUUGUGAUAGGCGCUGCGAAGAUGCUGGGUUUCUAUGCCUCGUAUUGGCGGAUGGUGCCGCUGCUGUACAUCUUUGUCAUGUUUCUCGUGGUGCCAGGUGCGGCCCUCGGCAUCUCGCUGCUCUUCGGCGCGUCCCUGGCGGCUGGCAUCACCACGCUGGUUGCGGCCAUCGCUGGCCUAGCUGCUUUUUUGGUGUGGUGGAACACCGGAGGCUGCUACCGUGUCGUCUCUCGUGCUGAGCGGGAGGCGCGAGAGUUGGAGAAGAAGGCGGCAGCGCACCAGGCCGAAGCUGAUGCUGUGGUGAACAACGUGCACAACGUGGACAACUUGGAAGGGGUGGCGGCUGAGCCUGUACACCGUCCCGAAAGGGAACGCAGUGUAGCGCCCUGCAAAGCAGGGCACCCGGAGAUUUUCCACGACCAGGUGUUUACCCACUAUGCUUCGGUGGAGGCUGGCGCAGCGGAUAUUCUGCAAGCUCUGCGUCGCGCUCGCCGUUUGCUCGCAAUCCGUAUUGCUGCCUUUGCUACCCAUGCGCCGGCAGAUACUGCGGUCCUGGCGGAAGCAGAGUUUCGCAACUGGUAUGCCACGCUUGUUCACCUAGAUCGGAGCCCUCGCUUGGAAGAUGCCGCGCAGCUUGAGGCCGUUCUUUCCAAAGCAGACUUUCAGGCAAAUUGCCGCCGGCUUUUUUCAGGCCUGGCAAAGGGGGAUGCGCUGUCAGCCGGCGAAAUCCGGCAGGCCUUCGCGGAGGUGGCUCCGCCAGUCCUUUUCAGCGCCAUACGGCGGCGCAUUCUGCUCGGGCACAUAUCGGUGGCUGGCUUGAUGAGUGAGGUGAGGAGGUCUCCGCCGGAGGAUGGCGACGAGGCCGAAAUCGCCACUGGAUCCGCCGGGCAAACCCAGGCUGAGAAGAUCUCAGAACUCCUGGAAGUGAGCAAGGCGCAGGUGGCCGAGUUCCUGGCAGCCGUGACAUUGCCCGAGCAGGGCGCUGCCGACCGGAAUAGAAUCAAGCUGCCUGAGGAUGGUACUGGCUUCUCUCUGGAAGAGUUCGCCAUUGUCGUCUUCUUGUGCAAGCCGAUUGAGAAAAAUCUUGAAGAGCUCAUAGGAGAGCUGCCACCGGGCGAGCGUGACCGACCCUUAUCGUUUGAAGAAUUUCAGCGCUAUGUGGUCAAGGACAGCGAUCGACCCAGCCUGAUGCGGGCGCUGCCCAAAGCGAAGGCGAAAGCCUCGCCUGCCGCAAAGCGGCAGAGCGCUGCCGUGUCGAUGAAACCGCCCGGUGCAAAGUCAGCAGGUCUGUCUUCGCUGGGUGGGAUCCUGCCAGCAAAAUGCACUGCGGCAGAACUUCGAAUUGCCUAUGAGGCGUUAGAGCGGCCUGACCAAUGUGUGACCGUGAACUCUAUUUUGAAUUCGCUUUGCAACAUCUCCGACGUGUUGGCGAUCGACCGUCGAAACUAUCAGGGCGGCGACCGGAUCGUAUGCCGCGUGCGGCUGGGCAGCGAGCUGACGCCGCUUUCUGGCAAAAGCCCGGUCCUGGCCGUGGUGCCUUCCCGGCUGCUUUGGUGCGAGGAUGGCAAGAAUGGGUUCUGGCAGCUGGACGGCCAGAAGGUGAAGAGCUUUGCGCAGAUCGGAUGUAUCCCGCAUCCUCUUCCAGCAGGAUCUGCUUCUAUGAGAGAUUGUGUGGUGUGGCUGACAGCACCAUGGAACGUGAGCGGCCAUCGAGCCUAUGACGUGCGCCUCCUGCGUUCGGAGCAUCAGCGUGUGCCCCUCAAGCAGGUGGGGUCUUCUGUCAGCUUCGUUCUGCAGCCGCCGCAGCCGCCAGAGCCGGUGGUGGAGAAGGCUUUCAUGCAAAUCGGGGACACGAGCUGCAGUGUCUCCGUGGGGGUGAAGCCGCCUCUGGCGGCGAUCUACUGCCCUCCCAUUCAGAAGUACAUCCUGCACAUAGAGCCGGACCCACCCGCGAGACGAGAAGUUGUCGAGGCUUGUGCAGAGGGCUCCGCCACGCUGAAAGAAAGCAUCCAGACUGUGAAUGUCCAGAACCUGCGCUGCGGCGUACCGUACCGCUUCGCCACGCAGUGCGUGUACCAGGUGACCGACCAGGCGACUUCUGAGAUCAAGGAAGUCCACGGAGCUCGCAGCGAGCUUUGCGCCGCACAGACAACGCCCGUCGGCCCACUACCGCCAGACCCAGGCAGACCAGAUGUGCGGCUCCUUCCUGAUACGGGCCAGAUGGAGAUACUGGAGAUUCUGCUGCGUGUCCCUGAUGGUGCGGCAUCCGGCAGGCCUCACCACGAGGUUGAGUACCGAAAAGCAGGGGUGGAGGAAUGGAACAGGAUAGAUGACAGCAAGCUCUUCUUCAGCCACGAGCACAAGUGGGACGAGCAGCUCAAUAGCCUCGUAUCCUCAUGCCUGUUGAUGGGUCUCAAGCCAGUUCUUCCCGAGCGAAAUGGAGUGGAGUUCCGCGUCCGGCGGGCCAACGCAGCCGGGCUAUCGGCCUGGAGCAAGCCUUCGGGUGUGCUCACGCUGCGAACCAAAGAAGAGGAGGAUGAUGAUGCCCACCCGGAGCUUCAGGUUACCUCCCUGGACGUGUUCUCCAUGGUGCCGGCGCCGCUGCUGCCGGAGGGCGAGGGCAAGCCGAAGGAGAUUGGCAAGAGAGGCCUGCGCACGCACUGCCGCUUGCGAUGGAUCGAGGAUUGUCCUGACGCCAAGUACCAGAUCGAAGCGCGAGAGGAGAAGUUGCCCUUUCACGUCCAUUGGAGCAUCCUUCCCAUGUACCACCGGACGGAAACGAGUAAUGACCAGGUCUAUGGCGAAGUCUUGGUGUCAGGCUUGGAUCAGUUCCCGGCUUCGGAGCCCCUGACGCUGCGAGUGGUCAAGCUUUCUUCCAGAAAGGCUGAAAACAGUGUGCGCGCGACGCUGCGGAUCAGCGGCGUUUCCGGGAAUUCGGUUCCGCAGACGCUGGAGCUGGUGAGGACCUUGAUGGCGCCGGGAAGUAAGCUGCCUCUGGCCGAAGUGUCCUGGCCAGCGGAGAAGGAUUCCAGCCUCAAGGGCAUCAGCUAUGUCUUCGAGACCUCCUGGGAGCUGGCGGACCCGAGCCAAAGCCGUUCCGACUGGAAAACUCUGACCGCCCCAACUGCGGUGACGCAGGUGGAGAAUCCGAACAGCCCGACGGGGCUCGUGAACCUUGGCUUCGUUUACCUGCAGCUGCCGGAAGAAGCCGAAGGGACGCCCCGUUGCUGGCUGCGUGUGCGGAGCCAGGGCAACGACGGCCGCCUAAGCGACGCCUCCCCGGAGGCUGGGGUUGUGCAGCUGGCCGAUGCAAUCCGGGGUGGCGAAGCCCUGAGGCACAUCUCCAAAGGGGCUCCGAAGCGGCCGAAGCAGCUGAGCAUACGCACCGGCAACAGGAAGCUCUGGGAGGUUUCCUGGGAGCAAAGAGGCAAGCUGCCUUCUGAUGUGGUGUACGAGGCAGAAGUCUGCUUCCGGACAGAGGCGGAAACACAGGAGGAUGAUUGGAUGCCGGUGCGAGGUCUUUUCCUUCCGAGGAGGCAGGACGAUGGCGGGGCGGAAGGGGGCCACGUUACCACAGUCACCGCAGCCGUUACACUGAUGGAUGACGACGUCAUGCCGGAGGAGGCUUGGCGGCUGCGCGUCCGCGCUGCAGGUGGCAACUGGUCAACACCGACUGCCUGGCAAGAGCGGGAUGAUGGCCAAGAGGUGCUACUCCACAUCGGGAAGCCAGAAGUCAGGCACAAUGCCUGCUCCUACACCUUCGAGUUCCAUGUGGCCACGGAUGGAGAGAUGCCGGCCCAACUUCCACGAGCUAUCGGAUUCGAAGUUCAGGCGCAAGGCAGGAAGCGCGCAAGUGACGAGUUUUCGGACUGGGCUGGCGUGCGCAGCUUCUGCACCAUGCCGGAGCAGGUGGAAGACACCUCCACCGUCCUAGUGAGAGCCAUGGUGGAGCGGGGCGCGGCCGCGGACGCCAUCAAAGCCAGCCUCGGGUAUGAGGAAGGGCUCGAGGAGCUCCGUUUCCGGGUGCGGGGGUUCGGCCCGAGCGCCCACGGCGCUCCCUCGGAGCCCACGGAGGUCCUGCAGAUGUCCACCCAAGCUCUUCAGGGCAAGUCGCCGCCCCUGCCGGGCUUCCUUGGACGUGGCUUCUUCUUGCUGGAGGACCUGAAGAGCAAGAGGCUGACCCACUCGGAGAUCCUGCACCUUUCUUGGCCGAAGCCCGACCUGGACCUGGGCGACCUCAGCAAUGGCAUGCCCCCUUUGGAGUACAAGCUUGAGAAGCAGCACCAGGGAGGCGACGAGGAGGGAAACUGGGAGUCGGUACCCACUGCCAUGCUCUAUACCGAUCGCUCCUCGGACCUCAUGUCCGCCCUUGUCCCGAUGGAGCAGGAGAGCAUGGAGCCGGAGGAGUGCAAUUUCGAGCACGCCGAGCAAGAAUGCCGAUCCCUGCUCCAAACGAGCCCGAUCCCAACGGAGGCCCGAUUCAGGCUCUGCGCGGAUCGCCCAUCCAGUGAUGUCUUCAAGUAUGAGCCGGUCCAUUCUGAACCUUCGGACAUCUUUGCGUGGCAGCUGCCCAACGUUCCCACCGCGCUGCACGUCGUGGGCCAAUCCUACAACGUGGUCUGCCUGAUCUUCAACUGGCCACGGCUUUCGCAAGCCUCCGGAGGCCAGCUUUGGGCAUGUGUGGAGUCGCUCUCGUCUCUGGAGGACUCUGAGGAUGGCGAGACCAAGGGAGAAAGCGUCAUAGGUCUGGCCCCCUUGGUUUGGCAGCCUGCGAUCGAUCUUCAGCCUUUGUGCAAGCACUACGUGAGCCUGGAUGGUAUCAAGGAUACAGCGACAGCCAGUCAGCUGGUCGCCAAGGCUUGCGCUGCUGCCACGCGGGAUACCUGUGUGAGUUUGAUACCGCUGCCAGAAAGCUGCACUUCUGGUGCUGGCAUCCGGGUUCGUCUCCAGUUGUCUUGGAGGCAGGCUAUCCAUCAAAGUGUCUGGAGCAAGCCGUUUGUCCUCGAGGAGUUCACGCGUGCGCAGAAGGUACGCACACUGCAUCUUCAGUAUCCGGGUUGGAUGUGUGUCCUUCCCGGUCUGGAUGAGACAUCUGGCAAGUUCUUCCCACGCCUCGUGCUGCGCGAGACCGUCGCAGGGCAAGAUCCGCAAGAGACCACCCUCCUGGACGAGGCUAGCAGCGUCUUGGAGAACUUGCAGCUCAACUUCGAGGUGGUGCAAGGAGACCUGCCUGCCUGUCUUCUCCUCGAUGGCUGCACCGGCACUAUUUCCUGGAGGCAUGCGCUGGUGGACGAGGGAGCUUCGCAGAAGUCGAUGGAGUCAGUCAUGGACUCCUUCGCUAUCCAGGUCUCAGUGACUGACGAUUGGUCCCACGGCGAGCAGGGCUGGGAGGUUCCUUCCGCACUCUGCACCUCCACCGUGCUACACCUGGCCGCAGCGCCCAGUGUCUUCCGCGGCGACGACGCGGCCUGGGAGUUCAUUGGAGGCAUCCUCAAGGGCCCCGCUCUGGAGGUGCUCAGUGAGAGGGGCAUGGAGGCGCUGCUGGCGGCAGCUGAGCUUCUUCAGGACCAGGAGCUUCUCGAGGGCUUCGCGGACUUCUGUGAAGUCCUGGCUAGCGAUGUCGGGCUUCCUGCAUUCGAGAUCGUGAUGCGCAUCCUGGAGCUGCCCAGCGAGUACAUGGAGCAUGCCGCGGACAUGGACCCCGAUGCUUUCCUCGAUGUGAUCUGCAUUGCCUUGGAGGCCUCUGACAGCCUGGAGGAGGAGGAGGGAUCUCGAGACCGGCUGGAGUCCCAUGACGGCCUCGGCGACGUCGAUGGGUCCCAUGCCGACGCGCAGUCAGCUGACCACCUGGCUGAAGAAGAAGGCUUCUCGGAUUCCUCGGACGAGGCGCCGGCAGGUUUGGUUGGGCAAGUGCGCAGCGACCUGGGCCUCGAAGAAGGUGGUCUCACAGAUGAUGAUGAUGACAAGAAGAAGUCGGAUGAGCUUGCCAAAAGUCCCAGCACCUUGACAAGCUCUCCAUCGCAGAAGCAGCGGCCCUCCAUGUUUGCGGCCCUGGCCAAGUCCGUCGCAGCGUUGGGCGUCAGGCGCGGCUCCGUGACUGGCCGGCGGAACUCUGCCCUUGCUGGGAGGCGUGCCAGCCGCAUUCAACGUCGGGCUUCGCAGGUGAACUUACAUGUCGAAGAUGAUGGCUCUGAGCCCACGAAUUCCACGCAAAUGGGAAGGUUCCGAAGCAUUCGCCGCAUGUCCAGUCACGCGGCAAACAUCGAAGAGGGCUCUCCGAGCCACGGGACGAGGCUGAGGAGCGAGCGGCUUCAACGGAACGAGGUCGAGAUUUCCUACCCGACAUUGCUGCCGCUCUGGCCGGCCUUUGAAGAGCUGGAGUUUCAACCGCACGCACAUGCCAAGAAGAAGCUUCGCCGACGCUCCAUCCUUCACUCGGCCACAGCUUCGGGCGUCUUCGGAGAGGAGGCAAGUCACCAAAGUCCGCGUGAGGCACUGCCGCAGAACGUGAGGUACUCCAUCUCCCCAGGCCUGCCGCCCCACAUCUCCUUCGACGAGAGCACUGGGAUCAUCAAGGGAUGCCCAUUGAUGGAGCACGUAGCGGGCUGCACCUACACCAUCUCAGUGUGGGACCGAAGCAGCGAGGACCUGCUGGGCAAGUGUUCGGUGGCCUUCGCCGUGGCCCCUGCAGAGGUGGCGAAGCUCUGCAAUGCCGCCUUCACCUUCACACAGGAUGCCAGCGCGGCUCGGGAGGAGAACGGCUAUCCAGGAGGCGCUCCCUCGACCCCGUCGACGAGGUAG